GUCACCUCACACCACAUUCCAUCAGACUUGAAGCUCCUGCUGGAAGUCAGAAGACCCUCACACAACUCUGCUGAUCUACACAACUUCACCAGGUUGGAGAAAUGGCCUCAGAUCUCAUGAACGUUGCUGCUCUGGGACGACCUUUCACCCUAGGGAUGCUCUAUGAUGCUCGGAAAGAUGAACUGGUUCCAGGUCUCACAUUAUGGAAUGCUGAAACUCUGAAAGUAAAAACAUCUAAAACCCCUCAGCAGAGCAGUACUUUUGAAAUGUCUACAUCUGACUCCACUGAAUCAAAGUCCCAGAUGCUGGAUAUUGAAGCUUCUCUGAAGGUCAGUUUCCUGAGUGGACUGAUAGAAGUUGGAGGAUCUGCCAAAUAUCUGAAUGAUCAGAAGAAAUUCAAGAAUCAGAGCAGAGUGACCUUUGAGUACAAAGCUACCACCAAGUUCAAGCAGUUGUCAAUUGAUCAUGUGACCCUGGACACCAAACAGAUGAAGGUUGUUGAGAAGGGCUUGGCGACUCAUGUAGUCACAGGCAUCCUGUAUGGGGCAAAUGCUUUCUUUGUGUUUGACAGUGAGAAGUUAGAAGCCAGCGAGGUUCAGGAGAUACAGGGCAGCAUGCACGCUGUGAUAAAGAAGAUUCCUUCUUUAAAUAUUGAGGGAAGUGUUGACAUCAAGCUGACUGCUGAAGAGAAAGCUCUGACGAACAAAGUCUCAUGCAAAUUCUACGGAGACUUCAUUCUUAAAAGCAACCCAGCAACAUUUCAAGAUGCAGUGAAGACCUACACACAACUUCCACAGCUACUGGGAACAAAUGGAGAGAAUUCGGUCCCAGUGAAGGUCUGGCUGAUGCCACUGAAGAGAUUAGAUCCCAAAGCUGGUGAGCUGAUGGCAGGGAUCAGCGUUGGACUAGUGGGGAAAGCCCAAGAUGCUCUGGAAGAUUUAAAGGAAACACAAAUGAGAUGCAACGAUUCUCUGGAAGACAAAGUGGUAGAGAGGUUCCCUGUGCUUCACGAAGAGUUGAGCACUUUCCUCCAACUGUGUGGUCAUUAUAAAACCAACAUCCAGAAAGCCAUGGCAGAGAAACUUCCCUCCAUCCGAGCAGGAAAGGAAGAUGAGAGCUCACUGGAAGAAGUCUUUGAAGACGGGCACAAGUCACCCUUCAGCCAUGAAAAACUAAACAAGUGGCUGGAAAACAAAGAGAGAGAAAUCAACGUCAUCAAGUCCUGUGUCGACACCAUGGAGGGAGUAAAGAUCGUCCUGAACCAGACCGAGCUGGACAGAGAGGUCCUUGCUUCAGGUGUAGAGGAUGUUCUGUGCUUUGUUUUCACCUCCAUGCCAAGGGGUGAUAUCUACCUUGAUGAGAUGGCUGACUUCUUGAACACAACCAAGUUAGGAGGUACCCAUGAAGACCAGUGGUACUACUCCGAUGAAGUUCUGAACACAAUGAGAGAAAAAGCCAAAAUGUUGCAGGGUUCUUCCAAAGCGCUGAAGAACAACAGCAAAUUUCGUUUCCUCAUAACGGCCAAAACCAAUGACAACUACAAAGGAGCAACCAUCUACCACUACAAGAAAGGCCAGCUGGACACUGAAGACUUUCAAAAGCCUUCUUCUGUGGAGACCAUCACAGACAAGAGAGAUCUGAUCUGGUAUGCCUGUGAUCUCCACCUGGACCCAAACACUGCCAACAACCGUCUCACUCUGUCUCACGGAAACAAAAAGGCAACACGUGGAGAAUCGCAGGGUUAUCCUCCUCAUCCAGAGAGGUUUGAAACAGAGCCACAGGUGUUGUGCAAAGAGGAGUUAUCUGGGUGCCAUUACUGGGAGGUAGAGUGGAGUCUCACUGGCAGGGAGUCUGUUUAUGCUGCUGUUUCAUACAAGGGAGCUGACAGAAAAGGCGUAUAUGCGAGCAAGUUCAAAUUUAGUCCAAAAACCUGGUGUUUUUGCAAAGCGGUGAGGGUCGUCCGAUCUCUUAAGGCAUUCCAUGCCAGCAAGAGGGUGUAUUCACAUCAUCCCUCUGGUGACUUCAGUAGAAUCGGGGUGUAUCUGGACUGGCCUGCUGGCACUUUGUCCUUCUACAGAGUCUCCUCUAACACACUGACUCACCUGUACACCUUUCGCACCACAUUCACUGAGCCUCUUGUCCCAGGCCUCUAUGCUUAUUAUAAGUCCAACUAUGCCUACCUGUGUCCAGUUGAAUUCUAAAUGAACUGGAUUUAUACAGCGCUCUUCCAGUCUUUACGACCCAUCAAAGCGCUUUUACAUUGGCACCCAUUCACACACAUUCAUAGAAGCAGAGGCUGUCACCCACCUGCUCAGUAGCCUAAUGUUCACACACAUCUACACACAGUCGGCCAUUCUUGGUCUGCCUAAAGUUUUAAAUGGCGACCUAACAUCCCAUUUAACUUAAACGUGCUUCACAGAAUCAAACAUUCAUUCAAACUCAGAGGGACCAGAAAAAAUGAGGAUAUCAAAAAGUGACUUUUGUUUAUCAGUAAAUGUUGAUUUCAUCAUCUUCUCAAACUGUUUAAAGCCGAUGCUUUACGAACAGUUGAACAAUAUUUCUUCAUAGGAACUUUCUAUCGUAGUAACAUAUACUCAAGCGUUAUAUAUCCGGCACUUGCUCUGUCAAAACUGAUGUUGAAAUACAACACGUAUAAACAUAAUGGGGAAACAAUAGUUGCUUAUUUUGUUGAAUUUAUGUUCAUUAUUUUAGGACAUAAGGUUCUUCAAGAGCCGGUUGCUUUUGCUUUGUCUUUUUUUAAUCAGUAUUUUAAAGCGAGUUAUAUUUAGAGAAUACAAGAGGAGUCUUUUCUCUCAUGAAAGCGGUGUGGGUUUUUCUGUUCAGGACAAGAUCAGACAUGCUUUAUCAACAUUAGAAUGAUGAACUAUGAAAUCAUAGUUUAAGUGAAAGACAAAGAAUAUCUGUUUUGUUAAAUGUAUCAUUUUGAUUAUGUUGGGAAUAUCCUAUCGCUUAAUUCAGCAUUUGUUUAUUUCCUUCUUUGUGCAGAACUCACAGCUCAUGAAUAAAAAGCUGCAGAACUUGUUUUGUUUGAGAGAAUCACUGUUAACACCAUUUAGUGGGAAAUAUUGCUGAUGGUUAUAAAGAUGAAGCAACAUCAGAUUCCUGUAACACUUCAACAUCUGGAUAUGUUCACUCUGUGCUUGAGCCAAACAUUAAAUAAAGAGACCUGACUUUACACUGA